UAUUUAGAGGCAAUCGUUCGAAAAUGGAGGAUGAAGCAGCUGUUAUUUACGGUUUAGAGUUCCAAUGCCGCUGUUUAACAGCACAAAUAGCUGAAACCGAAUUAAUAAAAUUUUUAGCCGGCACACAAAGCUUAAAGCACGAUAAUCAAGUUCACCUCAUCGAAUACGAUGAUGAUCAUAACACGGUUUCAAAAGAUGUCUAUGCACACAAUGUGGGCGAAAUUUGGCAUAUAGCAGCUUGUCCGUGGGAUAAAACUAUUUUUUCGACGAUUUACAGCAAAACUGUUGAAAGUAAGCGUGAGGUUACAUCUACCUUGUGGAAAAUUCCUGAAUCAGACAAACAUUCAUCCCAGGACAAUCAUCACGCCAAAGAAUUAACAAAGUUAAUUGAUUUUGGAACAUUGGAUUAUGGUGAUGUUAAUCAAGUCAUUUUUCAUCCCAGCACGGAGGACCAUGAAGUAAUAACAUUGGUUGAUAAUCAUAUUUUACAAUGGGAUGUCGGAUCGGAUGAGUGCAAAAUAAAAAAUUCUUUUAGUUUGGAGGUUAAGGGGCAGAAGAGUUUAACGUGCGGAAAGUGGGGUCCUCACCACAACUGCGUUCAAAUAUGCACUGCAAAUGAUACUACUUUAAGGGGGUGGGAUCUACGAACGAAAAAAUCUGUAUAUACUAUAGAAAAUGCUCAUUCCCAGCUCAUUAGAGACUUAGAUUACAAUCCAAAUAGACAAUACUACCUGGCCUCCUGUGGUGACGAUUGUAAAGUUAAAUUUUGGGACGUUCGAAACACUAAGGAAGAGGUUAAAGUUCUCUCAGACCAUUCUCAUUGGGUAUGGUCAGUUCGAUUUAAUCAUUUUCAUGACCAAUUAGUUCUAACUUCUUCAUCCGAUAGUAGAGUUAUAUUAUCAAGUACUGUAUCAAUAUCUAGUGAAACCUAUGGAGCCUUGCUAGAGGAAGACAACAUAAAUGACGAUAAUACAAAUGAUAAAAGUAUAAAUGAUGAAGAAAAUAAAAGAGUUCCUCAACAAGACGGAAUAGUUAAAAUAUAUGACGAGCACGAAGAAAGCGUAUAUGCUGCAGAAUGGUCUUCCGCCGACUCUUGGGUUUUUGCAUCAUUAAGUUACGACGGCCGUCUCGUAGUCAACAGAGCGCCUAGGUCAGAGCGUUUUAAGAUUUACUUUGACGGUAUGGGCGAAGAUUAAGGUUAUCUCAAGGAAAUCAUUUAUCUAAUCUUUCUAGGGAAAUUUUUUGUCAAAUUCUCUUUUACAAGACAAAAUUCAAUACUAUAAAAAUAUUAAUUAGUAUUUAAACAACUUUAUUAAUCACUUAAUUGUUUAUAAAUGUAAACAAAGAGAAAAAACAAACUAACUUUUGCUUCUUUCCUUCCAGAAUCUAUUUUUUUUUGUUUUUA